AGACUGGCCGAUCUUGAGUCCAAGCUCACCAAUAUCAUCGGUCUUCUGUCGCGCUCUAGCGCACCCCUUAGUGGAGUCGAACUCCCCGUUAAUCCGGGUUAUGGACUAGCUUCAAUUCCUGAAUAUUUCAGCGACAGUCCACAUCCAACAGCUGAAUGGAUGAGCCAAGGGUGUCUGGCUGGUCCUGAAUUGGACGAAAGCCUAGGGUCGAGCGAAACCCAGAAUACCGAAAAUACCCUAGGAAACUCUUGGGACGUAUCCACUACAAUGGACGCCGCGUGGAUCACCGACUUGGGACUUAGUCCUAUCGUCCUCGAGCAUAUUCUAGACAGGUUCCGCGCUAUGACGUCCUACUUCCCAUUUGUGCGACUCUCAGAUAACUGGACUGCUGCGUUGAUGGCUGAAGAUCGCCCUUUCCUAUUGCUUGCAGUCGCUGCUGCUGCCUCCUCAAAAUACUGUCACCUUCAAGAUGCUCUGAUCAGACGAUUUAAAGAAUCUUUCAGUCAGCGGGUUAUCAUAGCUGGCGAGAAAGAUCUAGAUCUGCUCCAGGGAUUACUUGUCCACCUUGCCUGGUUCCAUUUCAACUUUGUUCCAGGAAGUCAGCAAGCCUACCAGUAUUUACAAAUUGCAAUCAGUAUGGUCGUCGACCUUCACCUUGAUCAAGAGGUUGCCGACUUACUUGAGCAGCGAACCGAGCUGGGUGAUGCCUAUAUCCGGGAAGCAUGUCGUGCUUGUCUAGGCUGCUAUUACAUGUCUAGCACAAUAUCAAUGUCUUCGGGAAAGCCCAACAAUCUUCAAUUUCACGAUGCCAUGCUUCGAUGCGCGAUGAUGAUCCAAAAACAGCCAGAAUUCGACACAGACUUCAUGAUAUACCCAGUGUCGAAAUUGCUACAGUUUACCGAGGAAGUCUGCGAGACUUACCGGUCCGAAGGCAUUCAUGGAACUCGGCUGUGCAUCCAUGCUGAACGAUUCGCGACACGGUUAGAAGAAUGGUGGUUGGCUCUAUCCACAGAGCUUCAAAACACGGUAUUGCUGAUCAACGGCUAUCAUGCCGUCAAGAUCCGGAUUCAAGAAAUGGGCUUGGUAGAUUGCUACGGGCGGAGACGGCCACCGGCCCCAAAGGCACGGGAAGAUUCGACCAUAUUAUCUACACCUUCAAUGGUCAUCAGGAACUUAGUCAAAUGCGUCAGCUCUACUAAGGAGUAUCUCGAUUUGUUCCUCGCCAUUCCCGCUGCAGAGCAUACUAGCUUGCCAUUUUCUGCGUGGUAUCAGCUUAUUUUAGCGGUAUUUGUGCUAUACAGAUUGUCUGUGGGACUGUCAGAAGUACCUGAAUGGAACAGGGAGAUUGCACAUCAAUCUGUGGAUCUGCAGGAAUACCUUGAUACAUUGUUGUCUCACCUACAGGCUAUUAAUCCGCCAGAUAGGCAAAUACCCACCAAGAGCCUCUUUUCAAUGCUGCCUGAGAUUAUAGGAAGUGUGAAAAAUUCCUAUGCAUUAGCAAAAGAGAAUAUUGCGCAGGUUGAUAGUCACCGUGCGCAUCACGAGUUUGGGGCAUCAAAACACACAGCUUCAUCUGCUCAACGGCUGCACCGCUGCCCUGCGUUGCGGUAUUCGAAACACAUCGCCCAGGCUCCGGAUCAGCCCACACUACAAAGCGCCAUUGCUACGGAAGUCCAAAAGAUAGAAGACGAGAAGCUUUGGGGCGAUCUUCUGUUUAUGGAUACGUUUUCUAUGACAGGUUCAUCAUCUGUAGAGACUUGA